CUCUGACGCACUGCAGCCAGGAGAGUCCAGAGGAGAGAGAGUAGAGAGAGUUUAGAGGUAUUCUCUUAUCUUACACAUCUGGGUAAGAGGAUACUAAACUAUGGAGGAUACCACAGAUAGAGGCAUAUUUGUUUUAUAGGGGAACUUUAUUCGCAGAGUUUGGAAUAAUCUUUUUUCUAUUUUUUUCUUUUUUACUUUGCAUCAUCCAGUUGAAAAAAUGCCUGCUUUCGGGGUUUGGAUUAACGCAAUUUGGAUUUUACUUUUUCCCAUUUUUGAUGUGGCUUUUACAAGCUAUUCUGAAGACCAGUGCAGCUGGAGAGGAAGUGGUUUGUCCCAGCAGCAGGGCAGCGUGGAGCAGAUCUCUCUCCACUGCUCCGAGGGCACACUGGACUGGCUGUAUCCCAAAGGGGCCCUGCGCCUCACCCUGUCACCCCGCCUGCCCUCGGUGGCGGUGGGACCCGGCGGCAGCAGCUCGGGCCUCAUCACGGCCUGCGUCAAGCCCUCGGAGCAGUUCCACGGGGCCCAGCUGUACCUGGAGAGGGACGGGGUCCUGGAGCUCCUGGUGGGGGACCGCCUGGAGUCGUCCCCGCCGCCCAGGGUGCGCUGCUUCAGCCGGCUGCCCGGGGAGAAGGUGGCUCUCUUCCUGCAGGCUACGCCUCAUCAGGACAUCAGCAGGAGGAUCGCCUCCUUUCGCUACGAGCUGAGGGGGGACUGGACCGCUCGCCUGUCGCUGGACUCCAACCCCAUCAGCAGUGAAGAGGCCUGCAGACCCUGCAACAACACUGAGAUUCUGAUGGCCGUUUGCACCAGUGACUUUGUCGUGCGAGGCAACAUCCGAUCAGUGGUGGAAGACGAUACCCUACGAGCGGCGGUGAUCAAGGUCAGCGCCACCCGGGUGUUUCGUCAGAAGUACGCCCUGUUCACCGGCAACAGUCGACUUACCACCCGGGGCGAGGUCAGGACUCUGCUGCAGUGCGGCGUCAAACCGGGACCCGGCAGCUUUCUCUUCACCGGCCGGGUCCACUUUGGUGAGGCCUGGUUGGGCUGCGCUCCACGCUACAAGGACUUCCAGCGGGCUUACACGAUAGCCAAAGCAGCCCAGCAGAUACCCUGCGAGCUGCCUGUAGACUGAGUUCAAAGCUCUGCAGCAGAUUGUCUACCGCUCAGAGUUGAGGCCGUACUUGAACGCCAGGUCAAACUCAUGGACAAACCUGUUCCAUGUUUCGGAAGAAGCCAGGUGCGCAACCGUUGGUCGACGCAGCCAUGGCGCCACCAGCCGACUUCCCAAAAGGUCUGAGGAGUGAAAUGGACUUUUUUCCCAGCACCAUUUCAGUGCAAUACGCAGUCGCCGGGUCAGAAAGAACACCGGUUGUGACACGACAGACGUGGUUGAAAUGAAGCAUUUGGUGUUGGACAGUUCUUACACGCAGCGAUGUCAUUAUGCGGGUUCAGAAAAAAUCUAUUGAAAAGCUUUUUCAUUCGGGAUAAAUUAAGUCAAGGCCAUUAAUUCAGGCCUAUUGAGAGUCAUCGCUUUGAAACUCAGGAAAAUUUAUGAAAAGUUCUAAAGAAAGCUUACUGCCUUGGUAUCCCGUUGAGGAUACACCUUUUUGUUCAGGCCAUGGGAAAGCGAUGUUUUGCUGGCUACCCCUGUGCUGGGGGUCAUCCUCAGUGUUACUAUUAUUAAGGAGAUUAUUAAAAACAUGUUAUAUAUUUGCACUGAUAACGGAAAGGGAAUGAUCUGGAAAAGUGUGAUGCUGCAAGCACUGAAAACCAAAUAAAAAGCAACUAUAUGUAGCAUAGCGGAGCGAUGGAGAAUUUAAUAUAUGUACAGAUGAUGUGAGCAGUAGUGACACAAAGCUAAAGGCUACCUGAGCAGCUUUCACAGCUCAAACUAGUGCUGAGAGCACUUCUUUCAUAUGCUAGCCACCUCUGAGAUUUUGCUUCUGUAAAGGAGAUGCAGGCCUGUAUCACAGUACAUUUCAGUAGUCAUGCAAUAUAUCUGCAAAAAUUUAACUAAUUCGACCUCUAAGAGAAUUAUUUAAAAACUAUGGUGGGAGUGGAAUUGCAGCAGUGUUGCCAAAGCAGUUAUACGUUUUGUUGUUGUCAAGUCAUUCACUGCUCUCUGCUGAUAUUAUCACACGAGAUAUUCACCUGUAUAUAAUCAGCAAUGUUUAUAAAAUCCUCUAGCCAGCUUUUGGUGGAGUACAUUGGACAAGGCUUGCUCAAGAGAAACACACACAAAUAUGCAUUUAUAAAUUCUGUUCUGUUACAUUAUUUCAUAUCUAAUGUGCACUAUAUCAACAAGAGGAGGGUGUUCAUACCAAAUUACCGCCAUGUGCUGGAGCGGUAUGUCUUAAAUGCGUACACUGCCAUUUUUUUUGCUGUUUAUUUGUAUGUGAAUUUAUAUGUUAAUAGAAUGUAAAUAUGUUAAUAAGAAAUUCUAGAAACAACGGCAUGAAAAAAACAACAUUGUCUCAGUAUUGUGGAUUAUUUUUGUGUUUGUCUGUUAUUAAAAUAUACUGUAAG